AUGCAAUCACAACAAGAAAUUCUUUCGAUCCGUAACUAUAAUAGAAUUUAUAAUCCCACUCGCUAUUAUAUAAAAUUAGUCGCAGCACAGACAAAAGAAAGCCAAAAAUUAACAGCUCUAAGUUUCUUGAGGCUCAUCAUAAGUUUCGAAAUAAAACGAAUACAUGUAUAUGAUGCAAUUAUAAUUGACACGUUAACAGACCAAUUAUGGGAUUCUUCAACUCCAUUUCAACAAGAGAAAUGGACAGCAUUUGCGAAUGACGUAAAUGAAAUGAAGCGAGCAAAUGAAGAAUUACUUAAUAGAAUAUCUGGUAUAACUGAACCACAAAUAGUUAAUAGCGACUUCGAACGAAAUUUUUUUUAUGGUGUCAGCUUUCCAUAA